GGAAACCCAACUUCGACUAAUUCGAUUGCUUCGAUUUAUGCAUGGACAAGAGGUUUAGCAUUCAGAGGGAAAUUAGAUUCCAAUGAAGCUUUGAUUAGCUUUGCUAAAACGUUGGAAGAAUGUUGUGUAGAAUCUGUUGAUCGUGAUGAGGUGAUGACGAAAGAUUUGGCGAUUGCUAUUUGGGGUAAAGAGAUUGAUUCAUCUAAAUAUGUAACUACUGAAGGGUUCUUGGAUCAUGUUAGACAGAAAUUAGAAUCCAAAUUAAAGUCUGAUAAACAAGGAUCUAAUUCUUUGAAAUUAUGA